AUGCCCUACAUGUCCUAUGGUCCCCCUACUUUGCAGGAAGAGGUGGGGCAGGAAGAGGCGGGGCAGAGACACAGGAUGGCCAUGGAGGAGGAGCAUCCAUGUGUUGACCUGAACACUAACUAUCCUGAUGUGGUUGUAAAAGUUGGAAAAGUAAUUUUUGAUUUAGCUGAAGUUCUGAAGACUGAGCUCAGUGUGUCUGGUGCGUCCCCACUCUCCAAAACCGUGUUUUCCAACAAAGGCCUCACGUGUCUAUCUGAUCUGCGAAAAUCUCUAUUUCCAAUGUAUUCUAAUAGAAUAACAUACACACCAGAAAUCCUCACCAAAGGGCUGUUUUCCGAGUAUCCAGGGCUGGAGAAUUUAAUGAACAAGCAAAUGGAAGAUUUUCAGGGACUGUUGAUAUUUUCAAGGAGCUGGGCUUUUGAUGUUGGAUUGCAAAAGGAUCAGCAUGUUGUCUGUGAUGCUCUAUUGAUAGCCACAGGAAAACACCCAACACUGUACACGGUCACUGAGAAGGACUGUUCUGUGAAUAUGUUUGAAUAUGCAAGACAAACUGCUCGUGCAUUGAAACAGAAACUGGUAAAUGUUGGGGGAUACACUCAGAGAGUGUGUGUGAUUCCCCAUCUCCUACAGCUUGGAACCAAUGAAGAGGGAAAUACUGAGUUAGGUUUGCAAGUUAAGUACCCUGCUAGCUACAAUGUAUCCCAGAAAGAUAUAACAAAAUUACUGAACUCACUUGUGAUAAUAUUACUGGGUUUUAGGUCUUUUUUAAGUGACAGCCUUGGGUGUGAGUUUUUCAAUCUCCUCACUGUUAAACAAUAUGAGAUACUUUCAAAAGAUCUCCACAAAUGCAGGAAGCUGUUUAUCUACGGCCUGCCAGGAACAGGGAAAACGAUAGUGGCCCUGAAGAUCAUCGAGAAGAUAAGGCAUAUGUUUUGCUGCCACUCUGAUGAGAUUCUCUACAUUUGUGAGAACCAGCCGCUGAAAGAGUUUGUGAGAGGGAAAGGCAUUUGCCAGUCUGUGACAAGAGUAACUUUCAUGAGCAAGAACUUUGAAAAGGUGAAACACAUAGUAGUUGAUGAAGCUCAGAAUUUCCGGGCAGAGGAUGGCCUUUGGUACAGUAAGGCGGAAGAUAUCACCCAAAGUCAUAAUGAGCCUGGCGUUUUCUGGAUCUUCUUGGAUUAUUUACAGACAAGUCACCCUUACAAAUCUGGUCUUCCACCUGCACGUCAGCACGACCCUGUGGAAUCACUAACCAAAGUGAUCCGUAAUUCCAGGGAGAUAUACGGCAACAUAAAAAGACAAAUGGAAAGGAUUGUACAAGAUGAAAAAUUAGGAGAUGUUCCUUAUGUGCAUUUAAAAAACAUGUUAAGGAAAGCCACAUGUGGUCACAAUGUAUCAGGUGAUUAUACCAUAAAAAGAAACUUAAAUAUGAAGGAAAUAGCAAAUGAUGUGGCUAGACAAUGUUUUAGCUAUUUACAAAACGGCUACUCAGAGAAAGACAUUGCUAUUUUGUGCAGAACCGAUAAAGAUACAACAAAAUAUGAAGACAUAUUAAAAAGAGAAAUGAGGAAAUUCAAGCUGAAUAUAGUUUUCCAAGCGGCAGAUGAAAUACAGGGAAAGCAUAUUACUCUUGACAGCAUCCGUCGCUUUUCUGGCCUAAAAAGGAGCAUUGUGUUUGGUGUCAAUCCAGUCCCUACCCAGAAGGAGAUUUCUGACAACCUUUUACUCUGUGUAGCAUCCAGAGCUAAUUUACACCUCCAUUUGCUGUUUGAAAAGAUCCCCAGUGGUUACUCAGGAGGGCCGCAGGGACAUGGUGCUGGCCUCUUCCCAGAGCUGCGCGGGGCCCGCGGCAACACAGGAGUAGCAAUCCCGCAGGCCAGAUCUAAAGCCCCGACAGGCCGGAUCCGGCCUGUGGGCCAUACAAAAAUGGUAGAGCCGGCCCUGGGUCUUCCACAUCCAUCAGAACAAUAUCCUCAGGAGUGGCUCAUCAAAAGAGUCCGGAAUGCUACCCAGAUAUACGCCGUCAUGGCACAAGAGAUGGAGACGAUUGUAAGAAAUCAACAAAUAGAUAUUCCUCAUCAGCGGUUAAGAAUGUUGUUGGAUGAAGCCGAAUGUGCCCAUCCCCUGUCAGGUGUUUCUAAGGUAGAAAGAAACUUGGAGGAGGAUGAAAUAGUAACAUAUAUGGUUGAAAACUGUCUCCAAUAUUUCCAAAAUGGUUACUCUGGGAAAGACAUUGCUAUCCUGUACAGCACAGUGAAAAAGAAGGAUAAAUAUCGUCACGUGCUACAGCCCAAAAUGGAAAAUGAGAUGAAGAAUUUCAAGCUGGAUGCAGAUUUUACAACAGCAGAUGACGUUCUGGGAUAUGGCAUUGUUCUUGACAGCAUCCGUCACUUUUCUGGCCUGGAAAGGAGCUUCGUGUUCGGUAUCAACCCAGUCCCUACACAGGAGGAGAUUUCGAACAAUCUUUUACUCUGUGUGGCAUCCAGAGCUAAUUUACAACUUCAUUUGUUGUAUGGAAGAGCGCAAAGUACGAAAAAGCUGACGGUGGUGCACUCACAAACUGAUUGA